AUGUCCCCUUCCACUUUCAUCUACGUCUCAGAAGAGGAAAAGCAAGACACUGCUACUGCCGGUAAGGCCAUCGCGGCAAUUGCAAUCCUCGCCCUCGUGAUCAUCUUAGUCCUAUACUUUGCCAGGGUGUUCACCGGUCGUCCGAGCAUUCUUUGCAGGCUCCCUGCCACAAGCGAUGCCUGCCUAUCCUUCCUCCACACCCAGUCCUCCGUGGAGCUGCACACCGAAGGACCGAAGCCUGGAUUAACUCUUGCAGCUCGCAGCUUUCCCCUCGUGGCUGCACCAGGUGCAGUCGUGCAUGCUCCUCGUUGCGCAGCUACUGUGCCCCCGUACGGCCUGGACCUGUGUGAUCCCAAGCUCUCCCCGGAUUACGGAGCGGAAGUUGCUCGGUCCGCUUCGAUCGGAUCUCCAUCUGGGUCGACUACCUUUAGGUCUUCCGGCGGCAGCGACGUCGCUUUGUCUCCGAUUUCAAUGGCCGCGACCCCCGUUCAAUACCCCGCGAACGUGUAUCACGCCGCCACCUCCCGCGCUGUCUAA